UUCGGCCAUGAUUCGGACAUCCGACGGCAGAAAUGUGCUAUAUGGGUUACCUCCAACAGGCCUCUUGAUUGCUAAGCGUUCGAACAAUUUGUCUUCAACAGCUACACAAGGAAGUUGCUCCAAUGCUGCAGAAUUGUCGUCUAGUAAUCUGAUGGAUAUUUCAAGCAACACAGUUGGUCGGUUACAUACUGAAGCUUCGUCUUCUACUGUGGAUUUCUCUACUCAAGAAGUAUUUCAGCCAGGUAAUGGUACAGAAGCAUUAGCCCACAUAACACAAGGCAGUCCGUCGGAUGUCCGACAGAUGUCGGGGUCGGAUGUUGAGUUACAGUGUGCCCACUUUUGGUGAUUUGUCACCAUUUUGGUGAUUUCGGGCUGUUUGAUGGUGUUCAAAUGGUGUCAGAAAAUAAUGGUGAUUUUUGUAUUUUUUGGGAAUUUUUGGAUAUCAAAAAAAAAUUUAUUUAAGUUGCUCAAAUUUAAGGUUGAGAUUUUAAUUUUUAAAAUUUUAAUUAACCAAACUUGGCAACCGAUGGGGUAGUUGUAGCUUGUACCUUGUAGGGAGUUGUAGCACACUGGCGACACUGUCUGCAAGUGCAAGACCACACAACUAACCAAUGUCAACAUUGCUAGUGGUGCUACUGUGCUAGUGCUAGUCUACAUAAGUAUAUAUGGUUGUUUAAUGUUUACAACUAAUUCAAAAUGAGCUCUGAGUCCUCUGACGAAGUCGAGGAAGUUUCGUCAAGCCAGGGCCAGGCUAAGCGAAAGAAAACUCAAGACAGUAAGUCAUCCUCAAAAAAACCAAGGCAGUUUAAUCCAGAUUGGCUAAAUGAGAAUAAGCAUCCAAAAUUUGCUAAGUGGCUAAUGCUGAAACUCAAUCCACAGACUGGAGAGAAUCAAGCAUUUUGUAGAGCUUGUGCGUUGUUUUAUCAAAAUCAUAAGGGAGAUUUAGAAAAACAUGUUGACCGUACCCAACACAAACAGAAUAUGGAAAAAUUCCCAGAGUUGCUUAAGCAACAGGAUCGUUUAGCCAAUUUUGCAUCUCCACUUAGGGAUCGUAUCACUAAUCUUGAACUACGAAUUUUGGCUCAUAUAUGUGAAAAUAGUCAAUCAGUGUGUUCUGCUCAAGGAAUGCUUGAAGUGAUGCAGACAGAAGGAAAUGAUCUCAUAUUCAAGAAAGCCACAUUAGGAUAUACAAAAGCAGGCAACUUGAUAAGAGAAGGAUUUGGAAAAUUUUGUACACAACAAACAGCAAGUAAACUGAAGAAAAGUCUGCCCUUAUCUCACUUUGGCGUCACAGAUCGCUAUGCGUUGUAUAAUAUGAAAGUUGACGAUUAUUGGAAAGCAGUUCUCUCUACUCUAAAUCCUUGCGGUGAACCCGUUUUCCCUAAUCUAACUGAGUGCAUGUACCUCUUGUUAUGUUUGCCAUUUAGUAACGCAUCAGCCGAGAGGGUAUUUAGUCAUUUGAAGGAAGUCAAGGAUGAUAAGCAAAAUCGGCAGGAGACUCCUACUACUGAUGCAAUUCUCAAAGCAAAAUUUUGGAUGUUGAAUGAAGAAAAGUCAGCUUCAAAAAUCCAAUUUCCAAAAGAACUUGUCAUUUUAGCCAAAAAUGUUAAAUCGAACGCACCAAUUAUCCAUGAAUAGUGCGCCGUUUUCCCUCAUUCGUUAACACAGAAUACCAAAUUUAGAAAUUGUUUUUAACACUUACAAGCAAUGUUUAACCUGUAACUUUAAUUUGAGUGUGUUUUAAUUGAUACAUAAACAAGAAUUAACGCUUUUCAACCUUUUAAAACGUUUUUUUGUAUUAAAAACUUAAAAAAAUUUGGUGGUGAUUUUUUGGUGUUUUUGACUUUGGCGAAUGGUGAUUUUUCCGAAAAUCUGGCAACUGUUUGGGGAUUUCGACUACCAAGCAAGUGGGCACACU